AUGAUUAAAAACACCUUAGCAGCUAUGUCUAUUCAUUUUAAAUGUCGAUCUUCAAUAUAUCCUCGUUCUACUAUUGAAAGAUUUCACGUACCUGAUGACAAAGUACCUUGGUCUAUAGAAUAUAAAGAAUAUAAACCACCUUCAUAUACCGCCUCAUAUAUGCAGGGUCAACCGUGGGCUGAUCUUGAAAUUGGUAGCCAAAUUUUUAAACCAAAUUGGAAUACUCUUGAUGGUAAAAUUAAUAGAAAAAGUUAUACUGGUUUAUAUGAAAUAGUUGAUGAAUAUCCUCUGAAUCCAAUUGGUCGUACUGGUUUAAGAGGACGAGGAGUGCUUGGUCGAUGGGGACCUAAUCAUGCAGCUGAUCCUGUUGUUACUAGAUGGAAAAAAAAUUAUAAUGAAUCAAUACUUCAAUUUAUAGCAAUUAAACGAAGAGAUACUGGAGAGUGGGCUCUUCCUGGGGGUAUGGUUGAUCCUGGUGAGAAAGUAGCAGCCACAGCUAUACGAGAAUUUCAAGAAGAAGCUUUAAAUUCUCUUGAACUUUCAGCAGAUACAAAAGAAGAGUUGACUGAAAAAUUUAAGAAUUUUUUUAAUGGUGGCAAUGAGAUAUAUAGUGGAUAUGUAGACGAUCCAAGGAAUACUGAUAAUGCCUGGAUGGAGACAACAGCAUACAAUUUUCAUGAUGAUACUGGAGACAUUGUAGGUACAUUAAAAUUACAAGCUGGUGAUGAUGCUGUAGGUGUUCGGUGGGUGGAUGUUACACCUGAUUUAAAUCUAUAUGCAAGUCAUAAAGACAUUGUUAAUGCUGUUCUUAAAAAACAUACAGAAAAUAAAUUA